AUGUCCCCAAAACUUCCCAUCAUUGGUAACCUGCAUCUGCUUGGUAAUAUGCCUCAUGAAUCUCUUCACAUCCUUGCCAAGAAGUAUGGUCCUAUCAUGUUCUUGCAGCUUGGGCAGGUGCCAACAAUAGUGAUUUCAUCAGCUAUAUUAGCGAAGGAAGCACUGACAACCUUUGAUCUAGCCCUGUCAAAUAGGCCUCGAAUAUUUUCAGCCAAACACCUUUUCUACAACUGCACUGAUAUGGCUUUCUCUCCAUACGGUGCCUACUGGCGAAAUAUACGCAAAAUAUGUAUCCUUGAGGUACUAAGUGCAAAAAGAGUUCAGUCAUUUGGCUUCGCAAGGCAAGAAGAAGUUGCUAAUCUAGUUCAUCGUGUAGCAGAAUCGUACCCCAGUCCCACCAAUUUAAGCCAUAUGCUUGGAUUAUAUGCAAAUAAUCUCCUCUGUCGCAUUGCAUUUGGUAAAGAUUUCUCACACGGAGGAGACCAUGUUCGGCAUAAUUUUCAAAAGCUGCUUGAAGAGUAUCAAAUGUUGCUGGGAGGAUUCAGCAUUGGAGACUUCUUCCCAUCCAUGGAAUUUCUACACAAAUUUACCGGGAUGGAAUCAAGACUAAAAGACACUUUCAGACGCUUUGACCAGUUUUUUGAUGAGAUUUUGGAGGAACAUCGAAAUCCGGAGAACAGGAAAGACCACAAGGACCUGGUGGAUGUGUUACUUGAAAUACAAAAACAUGGGGAUCCUGAAACUCCUCUCACCACUGACAAUAUCAAAGCAAUAAUUUUGGACAUGUUUGCAGCAGGUACAGAUACAAACUUCAUCACCUUGGAUUGGACAAUGACAGAGCUCAUAAUGAACCCCCAGGUGCUACGAAAAGCACAGGCCGAGGUCAGAAGUAUUGUUGGAGAAAGAAGAUCAGUUUCAGAGACUGACCUGUCUCACUUGCACUACAUGAGAGCUGUUGUGAAGGAAACUUUUAGGCUACAUCCCCAGCUCCAGUAUUACUCCCUAGAGAAUCCAUGGAGGAAGUGA